CGUCUCUGCCGCAGUGACUCCCCUUGCUUGCGCCUCCUCUCCCAGCUUUAGGGUUCUAGGGUUUCUGACAGCAGCGCCGUCGCCUCCUCCCCCUCACCCACCAACCCACCAUGACGGCCGAGACCGCCACCGCCACGCAGGAGGAGCUGCUCCACGCCGUUCUGGAAGAGCAGAAGCUCGCGGCGCAGGUUCAGGGAGAUGAGCCAGUAGUUGAGGAUGAUGAUGAUGAGGAGGAAGAGGAUGAUGAUGAUGAGGAUGACAAAGAUGAUGAUGCUGAGGGAGUUGAUGCAAGUGGAAGAUCUAAGCAGAGCAGGAGUGAGAAAAAGAGCAGGAAGGCCAUGCUGAAGCUUGGCAUGAAGACUAUCACAGGCGUGAGCCGUGUAACUGUCAAGAAGAGCAAGAAUAUCCUGUUUGUCAUCUCCAAACCAGAUGUAUUCAAGAGCCCCGCAUCCGACACAUAUGUCAUUUUUGGGGAGGCUAAGAUUGAGGAUCUUAGCUCACAGCUGCAGUCACAGGCUGCGGAGCAAUUCAAGGCGCCUGAUCUUAGCAGCGUCAUCUCAAACCCCGAGGCUUCUACAGCAGCUCAGGAGGAUGAUGAGGAUUGUGACGAGACUGGAGUUGAGCCGAAGGACAUUGAGCUGGUUAUGACCCAGGCCGGUGUGCCGAGGCCCAAGGCUGUGAAGGCGCUCAAGUCUGCUGACGGUGAUAUAGUCAGUGCUAUCAUGGAACUGACGAACUAGCCGUUCCCAACCUUGUGAUAUUAUGUCAGUUUUUCGUUGUUUUCAUGGGAAUACAUGAGCUGUAACGUUUGGUGGUCAUGUGUGUGAACUUUGAGCUGCUCUGUAUUAGCAAAGACCUGAAGCAAUGUCUAAUGAGCUUCUUUUUCAUGCAUUGAAACAAAUCAUUGGUUGCUUUC